AUAUCGUGACGAUGCCUGAACCAGCGAAGACUGCGCCCAAGAAGGGCUCCAAGAAAGCGGUGGCGAAGGCCCCCGGUAAGGGCGGAAAGAAGAGGAGAAAGUCCAGGAAGGAGAGCUACGCCAUCUACGUGUACAAGGUGCUGAAGCAGGUCCACCCCGACACUGGGAUCUCCUCCAAGGCCAUGGGCAUCAUGAACUGCUUCGUGAGCGACAUCUUCGAGCGCAUCGCCGGUGAGGCCUCUCGUCUGGCUCAUUACAACAAGCGCUCCACCAUCACCUCCAGGGAGAUUCAGACCGCCGUCCGCCUGCUGCUGCCCGGGGAGCUGGCUAAACACGCCGUGUCUGAGGGCACCAAGGCCGUGACCAAGUACACCAGCUCCAAGUAAACGACUCUAAGGAGACAUCAAAGCAACGGCUCUUUUAAGAGCCACACACUUUCUCUAUGGAGACAAACUGUCCUGACUCUAACGACAUGUCCAUCAAUAGUAAAAUAUCCACUUUUAAAUAAUACUUUAACUGGUUAAUUAGAUCAUGGUUGAAUUUAAUAAUUAGGGUUCAUAUGGGAGUUUUAUUUUCUCAUCUCCGCAUGUUCUGAAUCAUUUAAGAGACUUAACACACAAACUGUGUAGUCAGUCUUGUAUCUUUAUUAAAAUAUAUGUUUUUGUCAUUACAUUUUAAUUGAAGUCAUUGUAAGCUACGAGAUAAAAAACUUCACAAAACUGUUGACCUGAUCUACUGUGUGAAUCUGUAUUGUCAAAUUGGUCAUUGUGUUGAAUGUUAAUUUAAUAAAUACCCUGUUAACUAAUGUUAAA